AUGUAAACGAUCUGACAUCAGGUCUGCAAUCCCCCAAAGUGGUUAAUGAUUAAACGUGUGUUCACAAUUCCUUUGACCUCCAGGACUUACCAAGCACUCAGUUACCAAAGUGGUGACUGUUUUGUUUGUACUACUUUGCGUACUUUGCUACCAGUGCCAUGAUUGGACCAAAAAUGAUGGGGGAAAAAGAAGAAGACUUGCUAAGUGUAGCAGUAUUAAGGCACCAUACUACCACCCCUUGCGAUCUGUUGCACUCAAAACAUUCACCUUUCAGAUUUUCGGUGGUUGAAGUCACGGUAAUCACAAAAACAGUCGAAUAAUUUCGUGUAAAGAUAGUUUUGUCUAUUGUCAUCUUACCAUAAAUUAUUAAGUGGCACACACGGCCUAAACUUGGCACACAAAUUGCUCGGAAUUGUUGUCGACAUUCGUGUCAAAUCGUCCAGAUCCAGUACGGUUUGGAUUAAACCAUGUCAUCGUCAAGCACCGACACGUUCGAUAUCGGCCGGGCCCAACUGCCGCCAGACACAGUCGCUAUCGUCACGGGGGCCGCCGAGGGACUGGGAAAAAGCUUCGCGGAGGGAUUGCUGGAAAAGGGUGCAAAGGGUGUAUGCAUUGCGGACGUGAACGAGCCACUGGGGUUGAAAACGGUUCAGGAAUUUUCGGAUCAUUUUGGUGGAGGUCGGGUCAUCUUCGUCAAGUGUGACGUCACGUCGGCUUCGGAGGUCGAAGCCGUGUUUGCCAAGACAAAGGAGAAAUACGGCGCCAUUAACUUGAUGGUAAACAAUGCAGGAAUUGUCAACGAGAAAGACAUGGCACUGACAAUCAACGUAAAUGUUACCGGGGUUGCGUAUGGGACCUACACCGCCAUUAAGUACAUGAGCCCGGCAGAGGGCGGUAAAGGAGGCAAAAUCAUCAACAUUGCAUCCGUUGCAGGUUUGUUAUUAUUUCAUGGUCCGGUUCCCAGACCAAAAGAUUUUGUCUGUUCGUGA